GGAUAUAUGGAUAUCUCAUCCAAAGACCGAACCCUAGUACUCCUCUGCCUCUAGCUGCCUCUGCCAGCACUCCUCUUACAUUGUUUUGACUGCAAUGUUUUGCUCUCUGUUUGGUAACAGCUGCAGUCAUGUCACAUACUGCUGUACAGGGAAGCAUGGGGAGUCGCUAUGCCACGGGAAUGAGUUCCCACAGAGUACCGAUCUGUUUGAGUACGAGAAUGGAAGGGAAUGAUGGAGCUGAGUGUAGAGUGUUGAUACGUCUGUUAGAAGAGUCUGAAACAUGUGGGCUCCAUUAGAGUGGAGUGUGGGCUAUGGGUAGUGGUGAGAUUUUCAAUCUGGAGAGGGGCGAAUACCCUCGCUGGGACACUUGGUCCAACAGCUAUCAUUGUGAUCGUCUCAUGUCUAUCCAGACAGUUUGAAUGGACCCAAAGGACCAUAAGAUCUGUCUGUAUGAGUAUGUGAACUUUGAUGGCCGUAAGAUGGAGAUUUGCGAUGAGGACAUUCCAAGUUUGUGGUGUUAUGGCUUCCAGGACAGAUUCGCCAGCAUCCAAGUGAAUGGUGGAACGUGGGCUGGAUACCAGUACCCUGUAUAUCGUGGAUACCAGUACCUGUUUAAGUAUGGACCCUAUAAGCACUGGAAUGAAUGGGUGGCCAAUCACCCCCAGAUCCAAUCUGUACGUAGAGUAAGGGACAUGCAGACGCACCACAGAGGUUGCUUGGAGAUAACAGCAUAGGCAAUGACACACGGUAUGGACAUAUGGACACAGCAGGGUCCUGCAGUGAAAGCUCGAUGGAAUGUACAAUCAUCUCUCACCACAAGAGGUUCAUCAGCUGAGAUAAUCAGAACAGACAAUGACUAUUGUGGUGAUAAACUCCACUAGCAUAAUAAUAUGUGUGCACAUUCACACCACUGGUUGCAGAAUCUUUUCAGUUUCUUGAGUGCCUUUAAGAGCAAAAACAUUCUAUGUCCAACCCCUAAAAAUUAUUAAAUUAAAAAAAAUUACAAUAUGUGCAGCUUUGAUGCUCAUUAAAGGGAUAGUUCACCCCAAAAUGACAAAUUAUCUCACUCUCAUGCCAUCCCAGAUGUGUAUGACUUUCUUUCUUCUGCUGAACAUGAACAAAUAUUUUAAGAAAAAUAUUUCAGCUCUAUGGAUCCAUACAAUGCAGGUGAAUGGUUGCCAGAACUUUGAAGAUCUAAAAGUAAUUCAUAAAACUCCAGUGGUUAAAUCUAUGUCUUCAGAAGUGAUAUGAUCCAUGUGAGUGAAAAACAGACCAAUAUUUAAGUAAUUUUUACUAUCAAUCUCCACAUUCACUUACACUUCUUCUUAUUUUGUUUUUGGUGAUUUGAAUUAUUUGUUCAUAUCACCAACUACUAGGCAGGGAGGGGAAUUUAUAGUAAAAAAAAGGACUUAAAUAUUAAUCUGUUUCUCACCCACACUUAUCAUAUUGCAUCUGAAAAUAUGUAUGUGAUCACUGAGUCUUAUGGAUUACUUUUAUGCUGCCUUUAUGUGAUUUUUGGAGCUUCAAAGUUCUGGCCAUUCACUUGCAUUGUAUAGACCUACAGAGCUGAGAUAUUUUUCUAAAAUCUUUCUUUGUGUUCAGCAGAUGAUAGAAAGACAUACACAUCUGGGAUGCAUGAGGGUGAGUAAAUGAUUAAGUCAAUUUUCAUUUUUGGGUGAACUAUCCCUUUAUGCCUGUUAAGCAUUAAAUGAUUUCAUUUAUACAGCCCUUCUUUUACUGACACGCUUACAUGUUUCUUAGCACUGAUUAAACAUGCAUGGACUUAGACUUUAUUCGAUUAUAUUAGAAGAAUAUAAUAUAGAAUAUAGAAUAUAUCUAUCACAUAAACAGCUGCAGAAUACCUGCACAUACAGUUCUCUGAAUCAAUUUCUCUCAUCAGGAAUAUUCACUUAGCCAAAAGGAGGUGCAAAGGAAAUCACAAGCUUUCACCAUCCAGUGGAAUUAUGCAAAAUGAUAUCAGCAUGGCAGGUUUGAUCGAGAGAGGAGAACACUUAAACUUUCUCGGGGAUGCUGGCAUCAACAAAGAAAUUUGCUGCAAAUAAAAUAAAAGGUUGUAGAAGCUAAAUGUCAUUUUUGUUGCUCUUCUUCCAUCUUGUUAGAGGUUAUAUUUGAUAAACUUUCACAUUUACAUCUGAAAACCACAUGUG